AUGGCUUGGGCAGGCUAUUGGCACUCUGCGGCCACCCUGAACUUCCUCCGUGGCUAUGCGGCUAAUGGGGAUCACACGCCUGUGCAAAGCAUUGAGAUCUCCGAUCUCAAGGGCUCUGAGCAUGCGGCCAGCUACACCGCGGACGCGCAGGCAACGGUGUUUGAGAAUGGGGCUGAAGGCACCUGGCAAAAGACAGCCAUCCAAGGCGUCACCCAGUGGACUAAGUGCCCAGUUCCCGAGAUGCCUCGCUGCGAAUUCGUCGGUCAAUUCGCCAGCCAGGCCAUCGCGCAGAAGCCGUUGAGCUCCGAGCAGCUGGAGCCUGGAGAGCUCAGCGACCGGCGGAGCCAUGGCAUGGCUCCGGUGGAAUGGGCAACCGUCAGUACCAGACCUGUGCCGAUCUGCACCACACAGGAGGAACACGGCCAGAGUUCUUGGUGCUCCAGAUCUCGGCAAGGUCCUCGCAUUGCAGGACCUGCUGUAGGGAUUGAUUGGUACUUCAGGGUACUUCUAGGGUAUGCCCAUCGGGAAUUCGGUCGAGCGACGAACGAACAGAUUGCCUGGAUGAGUGCCGACAAGUCACCUGAUGGAUGUUGA